CUAAUUAAAAACAAAACUACUUAAAAAUUUGUAUAUUGAAAUGCAAAUCAGUAAAACAUCUCUUCAAAACAAGUUCGACCACUUUACGGAUAUAUAUUAAAUAAUGGCUAUCUGUCAAUCAAAUUUAACUGUAUUGAAUUAAAUAACUGUCUUCUUAUCAUCUAAACGAUAAGAAUACAUUUGCUGGUUGCUGAUCAACGAAAAUUAAUACACCUUCGACACCUGCAAUGACAGGACUUGAGGAGCAGGAGAAAUUGUUGGAGGAUGCGAGCAGUGUCGUUAAGGUGCAAGCCUUUGAAAUGAAACACAAUUUGGAUAAAUCAAAACUCAUGGAUGCAUUGAAACAUGCAUCGACAAUGCUCGGUGAACUUCGCACCUCUUUAUUGAGUCCCAAGAGCUACUACGAACUCUAUAUGGCAAUUACCGAUGAACUGCGACAUUUGGAAUUAUUUUUACUAGACGAAUUUCAAAAGGGAAGAAAAGUUACUGAUUUGUAUGAAUUGGUACAAUAUGCCGGAAAUAUUGUUCCCAGACUCUAUCUGCUAAUCACAGUUGGAUUGGUGUACAUCAAAACGAAUCCAUGCCUUAAAAGAGAUCUUUUACGUGAUCUCGUUGAGAUGUGUCGAGGAGUUCAACAUCCCUUGCGAGGACUCUUUUUAAGAAACUAUUUACUUCAAUGCACGAGAAAUAUUUUGCCAGACUCUCCGGAGGGGGACGACGAGGAAGGAACCGUACGUGACAGUAUUGAUUUUGUUCUGAUGAAUUUUGCCGAAAUGAAUAAAUUGUGGGUGCGAAUGCAGCAUCAGGGACAUAGUCGCGAUAGAGAGAGACGAGAGCGUGAAAGAGAGGAAUUGAGGAUUUUAGUUGGAACAAAUUUGGUUCGAUUGAGUCAAUUGGAAUCGGUGACUCUGGAUAUUUACAAAAGGUUGGUUCUUCCUGGAAUUUUGGAGCAAGUGGUCAGUUGUCGUGAUGCAAUUGCCCAAGAAUAUCUCAUGGAAUGUAUAAUUCAGGUCUUCCCUGACGAGUUUCACUUGCAAACACUGAACGCUUUUCUGAAAUCUUGCGCUGAAUUGCAAAACGGUGUCAAUGUGAAAAACAUAAUAAUUUCACUAAUCGAUCGUCUUGCCGCAUUUAGUCAAAGAUCAGAAGGAGUUGGCGGUCCGGGGAGUCCAAGUCAACUCGCCGGGAUUCCACAAGAUGUUAAACUAUUCGAUGUAUUUAGCGAUCAGGUUGCUUCCAUUAUCCAGAAUAGACAAGAUAUGCCACCGGAGGAUAUUGUUUCACUGCAAGUGGCUUUAAUUAAUCUAGCACAUAAAUGUUAUCCAGAUCGGGUGGAUUAUGUCGAUAAGGUCCUUCAUACGACAGUGCAAAUCUUCCAAAAAUUAAACAUCGAAAAAUUGGAAUACAAUAGCGCUGUUUCGAGGGAAUUAGCGAGACUGAUGAAAAUUCCAGUGGAUAAUUAUAAGAAUAUUUUAGUUGUUUUGAAAUUGGAGAAUUUUGCUCCGCUAUUGGAAUAUUUUGAUUAUGAGGGGAGAAAAAUGUUGGCGAUUUAUGUUAUUAGCAAUAUUCUUGAUAAUGAGACGCUAAUUCCAACGCAGGAACAGGUGGACGCUAUUUUAUCAAUUGCAGCGCCAUUGGUGCAAGAUCAACCGGAUCAGCCAAAUAUUGAAGAGGAUCCAGAAGAUUUUGCCGAGGAGCAGGGCUUACUUGGUCGAUUAAUUCAUCAUUUCAAAUCGGAAACGGCCGAUCAACAAUAUAUGAUUUUGAGCGCGGCUCGAAAACAUUUCAGUGCCGGUGGCAAUAAACGGAUUAAAUUCACACUACCACCGAUUGUUUUCCAAGCUUAUCAACUUGCAUUCACCUAUAAAAACUUGAGUGACAGUGACGAAAUGUGGCAGAAGAAAUGUCAAAAGAUUUUCCAAUUUUGUCACACGACGAUUAUGGCAUUAAUGAAGGCCGAACUUGCCGAAUUACCGUUGAGAUUAUUUUUGCAAGGGGCACUUGCAAUCGGAGAGAUUCGUUUCGAUAAUUUCGAAAUGGUCGCCUAUGAAUAUAUGAGUCAAGCUUUUUCAAUUUACGAGGAUGAAAUUAGUGACUCAAAGGCGCAACUUGCAGCGAUUACAUUGAUAAUUGCAACUUUCGAGCAAAUGAGUUGUUUCGGCGAGGAGAACGCCGAACCGGUGAGAAAUCAAUGUGCACUCUAUGCCAGUAAACUUUUACGAAAACCUGAUCAGUGUCGUGGAGUUGCAACAUGUUCACACAUCUUUUGGUCGGGAAAAUCUUUAGCCACUGAAGGAAAAGAGAUGCAAGACGGAAACAAAGUAUUAGACUGUUUGAAGAAGGGAAUACGCAUUGCAAGUCAGUGUAUGGACACGUCCGUUCAAGUUCAACUCUACGUUGAACUAUUAAAUCACUAUAUUUAUUUUUAUGAAAAAGGAAAUGCAUCCGUAACAAUUCAAAUUUUGAAUCAAGUAAUAGCAAAAAUACGCGAGGAAUUACCAAAUUUAGAAGUGAGUGAAGAAACGGAACAAAUACAAAAGCAUUUGGCAAAUACUUUAGAACAUUUACGAAAUCGAAUAGAAUCCCCAGAAUCCGAAGGUUUGACAUACGAAGGCCUUGUUCUUUAAAUUAAUACUAUUUUUUUUUGUAAAAAUACCUGUAGUUUUGUACAUAUUUUCUAUAUUAUAUAAGAACAAGAAAAUGAAAAUAUUUUCUUUAUGUCGUUUUCUUAAGAAAAAGAUUCGACUACAAAAGAAAAUAUUGCGAUUAUUUUGACAAAAGAAGAUUGUAAAUAUCUUCGUGUUGAGACUAAAUUUCUUUUUUUUUAAAAAGAGUUGUUAAUGUUUUAUGGAUAAAAAGAAAUGUCGAUAAUGCGAAACAAAAAAUAUUUCGUCUAAUAGAAUUUUGCUAAUUAUUUUUUAUUUUUAUUUUCUCAAGGGAAUUUUAAUACCAGUCCAUUUAUUAAGUGUUGCAAUAUAUCUCAUAAUUUUUGUACCUCUAGUUAUUGUUCACUAUUUAUAUACAAUUGAAGAUUUAAAAGAGAGAAAGAGAAUUACAUUUUAUGAAAAUGUAAUUGAUGUAAAAAAAAUUAUUCAAGUGCGAUUGAUAUUUCACUAUUAUGCGUGAUAACAAAAAAGCACUUUAUAUAUUGGUUUUAAUAAAACUUUUGUUUUAAUUAA